CUUUCAGCUGGACGAAACGCAAGAAGCUUCAAGCUUGGAGAAGUCAUAGAAUCCCUGAGACGCUGGCCGGCAACUCGCUUACGGUGUUGGGUCCAUCAUCUUAUGCCACCGAUCAGGCUCCUUGAGCCGCCCACGGGGCUGACAGGGGUGCCGGAGAUUUUCGAAGAUGGGGUCUACGGCGCCAUUAGACGGGCGGUUGUAAUCGGAAAUGGAUUCGCCGGCGCGGAGAAUCAGUGCUUUGGGUUGGUUCGCGCUCUUGGCCUCUCAGGUCGCCAUACACUAUACAGAGUUACUAGGCCUAGAGGAGGGAUUAAUAAGUGGCUUCAUUGGCUUCCUGUUUCUCUCCACAAAAAAAUAGAUUAUCUCUUAAGGCAAUUGUUGGAGUGCCCACGAUUUCAAAUGACGGUUACGGAGAAGAAAGUUACUCCCUUUUCAGCUGAGAGAACUGGCUUGUCUAAUGUUCUAGAAGCUGAUGCAAAGCAGAUUGCAUCAAUGGCUCGUGAUACAUUUGAGAAGAAUGGCCCAUUAUUGGUGGUUGCAUCAGGUCGGGAUACAAUUCCUGUUGUGAGCUCCAUAAAAAAGUUAGCUCCAGAAAAUGUUUUUGUUGUUCAGAUACAACAUCCAAGGUCACGGCUCAAUAGGUUUGAUUUAGUGAUUACUCCUCGUCAUGAUUAUUUUCCCUUGACCCCUCAUGGAAAGAAACAAAUACCUUGGUUUCUCAGGAGGUGGAUAACCCCACGUGAACCUCCUGAUAAACAUGUGGUAUGUAUUUUGAUUGUAAAUGCUUGCUCAGUUGAGUUUGCAUAUAACAAACGGUGUUCAUUGAGAUCUAGAUAUUGUUUUUGUGAUUAUAAUUGCAGGGUCAUAUCUAGCUCAUGGCUAUGGGUCUUUGAUUCUCAGGUUCUUACUGUGGGAGCUCUUCAUCAGGCUGAUUCUGCUGCACUUAGGAGUGCUGCUUCUGCCUGGCAUGAUGACUUUUCACCACUUCCAAAGCCCUUGCUUGUGGUCCAUAUUGGAGGACCUACAAGCAGUUGCCGGUAUGGUGCAGAUCUAGCAAAGGAGUUAACAGCUAUGUUGCAUAAUGUUUUUUGGAGUUGCGGAAGCAUCAGAAUUUCUUUCUCCAGAAGAACCCCUGAGAAGGUAUCCAAAAUUUUGUUGGAAGAGUUUAGUGCUCAUCCUAAGGUUUAUGUAUGGGACGGUGAAGGUCCAAAUCCACAUUUGGGGCAUCUUGCUUGGGCAGAUGCUUUCAUUAUCACAGCUGAUUCAGUCAGUAUGUUGAGUGAGGCUUGCAGUACUGGAAAACCAGUCUAUGUAAUUGGAGCUGAGCGGUGUACAUGGAAGUUUGCUGACCUCCAGAAGUCCCUACGGGAGCAAGGAUUGGUUAGACCAUUCACUGGUAAUGAGGAUAUUUCUGAAAGCUGGAGCUACCCUCCACUAAAUGACACUGCAGAGGCUGCUGAGCGGGUGAUUGAGGCACUUGCUGAGCGUGGAUGGACAGUACGCACUUGAUUGGUCUCCAUAUGGUGCUAAUAAAGCCCAUUGAUGUUUUUAUACUGCUCAGAUUGUUUCAACACAUCUUUUGAACUAAUGUCAAAUUUUUACUUAGACAUGCACAAUGUAAAGGGGGCUAUCCUGUUUCCCCCGCCAUGGAUUUUGGCACAUUGUCAAUGUUACAGACCUCUUACAAUUUUGAGUAGAAAAGCCUCCUGGCUAAGACGAGAACAUACAGGAAAUCUGUGGUGUUAAUGACUCAAGUUUAAGAUCUGGCAAUGAAGUUGCUUCCGUUUGGACCUGUUCUAUACAGGAUCAGAAUUU